AUGGCUGGCGAGCAACAGCCGUUUCUACAGUAUUCCGAUGACUCGUCAUCAGUGGAUGAACACGAGUCUGGUCGCCAUGGUCGCCAUGUCAAGACCUCAUGGUCUAUCUUUCUAUCACACUUCCUAGUCUUCCUUCUCACGUCGUCGCUCUGGGUAGCGAUCUCUUUUGCUAUCGCGCCGGCUUCUACAAAUUCAACUGCUGUCAGCACAAAGGAUGAACGGCACAACGUGACCUCGAAUGCCUGGGCCUUGGAUUGUGGUGACUCGGUGGAGGAAGCGAGAGAGCUCGGUUGCGCAUACGAUGUACUGUUGAACCACUGGGUCCCGGCGCCAUGUGUGGAUGAUGAAUUUGUGAAAGAGUAUCAAGACGAUGGAAGCUGGGCCGCGUACUACGAUGAAGGCUUGACGCACCAAAUUAUGACCAUCGACGAAAUGUCCGAGCAGGACAUCUACUACACCUCUGUCCGAGACCAUAUCAACCACUGCGCCGUGGUCUGGAAGAAACAAUUCUACAUGCUUUUCGAAGAGAGGCAGGCCUUUGACAGUGUGAUUGUCAUGCCAUACCAUACCGACCAUUGUGCCCAGUAUCUGACCGAGGUGUCAGAUCGCGACUGGAAUUCGUCGACGAGAGUCGAGGUUGGCUUUGCGGGUUGUUGGAUCAGAGAAUGA